AUGGGUUCAUCAGCUUCUGACGCGACGAAUAAUAUUUGUAAUCUUCUGUUCAUAUCUAUCUAUCUAUCUAUCUAUCUAUCUAUCUAUCUAUCUAUCUAUCUAUGUAUGACAGGCUAUUCCUAUCUAUCUAUCUAUCUAUCUAUCUAUAAUAGGUUAUUUCUAUCUAUCUAUUUUUUAAGCUCUAUCUAUCUAUCUAUCUAUCUAUCUAUCUAUCUAUCUAUCUAUAACAGUCUAUUUCUAUCUAUCUAUAACAAUUUGUUUCUAUCUAUCUAUCUAUCUAUCUAUCUAUCUAUCUAUCUAUCUAUCUAUCUAUCUAUCUAUCCUCACAGUCCAAUCAUAUCUAUCUCUCGACCAAUCUGCCAUGAUCGUUACACUGAAAUCGGAAUCGACCAGUCUGCUUCUACCUAUCUAUCUAUCUAUCUAUCUAUCUAUCUAUCUAUCUAUCUAUCUAUCACAACUAUUCUUAUCUAUCUAUCUAUCUAUCUAUCUAUCUAUCUAUCUAUCUAUCUAUCUAUCUAUCUAUCUAUCACAGUCUAUUCCUAUCUCUCUCCCUCUCCCUAUCUAUCUAUAACAGUCUAUUCCUCUCUCUCUCUCUCUCUCUCUCUCACUCUAUCUAUCUUUGUUCAUAUUUAUUUAUCUAUCUAUUACAGUCUAAUCAUAUCUAUCUCGCGAUGUAUCUGA